UACGUGACUGUUAGCUAUACGUUGCACUUGAUGUUAACCUAACAUAAAUGUUAUUCGUUAAUGUUUAUAAAAAAUGGGCAAUGAAGGCAGCAAAUUAAAAGGGCUAAUAAUUGACAAAAAUGCCGUCGAAGUUAAUGAUUUUUGGGCCCUAUAUAAUGCCGAGUCGCCAACAACAUGCAACGAGGAAGGAAGCGAUGGCCAGCUACUGUCCAUAUUCAAGGGUGAGGUUCUAGUAAAGGGCCAGCUAUGGGCAGCCCAAGGGCCAAUGGAGCGUGCCAUUAAGAACCUGAUGAUCUAUCGCCAUCCGUACAUACUUAAAUAUAUGUCAACCUGGGAUCAGUCCGGACAAAAACAUUUGGCCACGGAGCGCGUGAGGCCGUUAAGCGAUGUGCUUGCUCAGCAGAGUCCGAUACAAGUGUGCCUCGGCCUGCGCACCAUAUUAUGUAGUCUGAUAUUUCUCAUCGAAAAGGCACUGGCACGACAUCUCAACAUUUGCACACAGUCAAUUUACGUGACCGACAAGGGCAGCUGGCGCUUGGCCGGCUUUGAGUACGUGUGGAAGGCCAAGGAUUUGAAUAAAGAGGUCUUAGAGCUGGCGCACAGUUUCCGGCAGCCCCUGGCAAUAGACUCCACCAAUUCCGAGCUGGGUCUGGAACAGUUUGCCUUUGCCACGCUCUGCGAGCAAAUACUGGACAACUGUGGAGCGGUCAGCACGCCGCAUGUACAGGAAUUUCGGGAUUAUUGUAGCACACACUUGAAGCAUCAAAACAUCGAGCUGCGUCCCAAGCUGUCUGCUGUGCUACUGCAUCCGUAUUUCAACCAUGAGUUCGUCCUAAUACAUUCCUUUCUCUUUGAGCUGCCGCUGAAGUCUGUGCAGGAGCGUCAACAAUUCUUCAGCAAUUUAAUCGAGCGUCUGCGCUGCUUCGACGAACAGGUCGUUGCCUCUCAAUUGGCCAGCGAUCUGCUCUCACGAAUGGUGCUGCUAGAUCCCACCGCCCAGCACUGCGUCACACCGUAUGUGCUGCGCACCAAGACAGAGAAUGGCACCACGGCUCUGUUUUCCCCACAGACCUAUUUGCAGUAUCUGCUGCCGCAUAUACUGAAAAUGUUUCGCCUGCGCGAUGCACAGAUUAGACUCAUUCUGCUGGACUAUUUCAUGGAGUACGUGCGUCUGCUGAGUGACGAGCAAUUGCAGUCUGAGAUCUUACCGCAUUUACAGAUGGGCAUGAACGAUACCAACGAUGUGCUUGUAGCCAAGACAUUGCGUUCCCUGGCCGAUCUCGUGCCCAUUUUAGGCGGAGCCACUGUGCUCGGUGGGGAUAGAAGGCGCUGCUUUUCGGAUGGAAGGCCGCAUGCCGCCGUAUCUACGGACUGCAGCACACCUUGGACAGAGCCACGGUCCAUAACGCCGCUCAUGAAUGGCAGCGCCGUGGAUGCAGUUGAUUAUAUGGUGUCCGGCAGUCCGUUGCCAGUUGAGAGUAAUGUGGCGCCAAUGCCACUGCGUCUGAGUCCUGAUGGCGGCGAGGACGAUAAGAGCGUUACAAAUUUAAGCGAAAAACCCCUGGAGCUGAGCCAAGGCAGCAGUCCCGACAGCAGCUCCGGCAAUGCUGACAGCUCCACCAGCAGUGCGGCGCAUGAACAGACGCUGGUCAAUGAUGAGGAGGAGGCCUGGUCCGAUUGGGACAAUACGGAUGAGCUGCAGCGUCUGAAUGUCAAACAGGAGGCCAUGGAUGAGCUAAAUCUAAACAAUGUGGAAACGAAUAGCAGCACCUCCACACAGGCCACACAGCCUUCGCUUGCCGACUCUUUCCGCACCGCCUGCUCCAGCGUCUCCACGGACCCAAAGAAACCAAUCCCGCCGCCACCGAUCAACCGGCAGCUCAUUGAUGAUCUCAGUGCGCUGGACAUUCAAGUGCAGCUGACAACGCCGGCCAAUAGCUCCGAGCCGGCUGAAUUUGAUUUUUUCAAGGACAUGGAACCGAUCAUUGAGACAAAGAAGACCGUCAGCAGCGAACCGGAGGUCGUGCAAAUCGAUGCCAGUCGUUUUGCGGCCACAUCAAUUGGCUCCAAUGAUCAUGAUGUGGAUGACGCAGGGGAUCAGGGCUGGGGCCACGACGAGGACGAGGACGAUGUCGUCUGGGGUAGCAAUGGGCAGACAACCAAUGUCACUUAAUUAUUUUAAGCUUUAAAUAAUCAGCAGCCGUUUCUUUUUCCAUGUAUUUAUCCUCACUUUGCCCAGGUUGAAAAUUUCGAGUUUCUUGUGUUUUAAUUUUAAGUACAUAUUUGUACAUAAAUAUAUAUUAAAUUCCAAUACGCAAGGGCAGCGUAUAAUUAUAUGUACAUAUAUGCAUAUUUUUUUCUAGAAUAUUUUCUAAUGUCCUAUUUUAUAUUUCAAUGCAUUUCUAAAGGGUUAUUUUAAUAAUUUUCAUAAAGCUUGUAACGCAUUAAAGAAAUCAAUAGCUCUGUAGAGCUAAUUA